AUGGAGACUCACAUUCCGAGCGAUACCAUCCCUGAUACCCCGAUGCCAACUCUCGCCCUGCAAGGGCUUUCCGCCGCUCCGACUGUCUCUCCCAACGAGGCCAGUGCCAUAGCACAGGCAUGGAUCGACACCCUCGCUUCCGCUGCGUCGUCUGCUAGCGAACCGCCCUCCACGACCGCCUCCAACAUCCUCUCCUUGUUCAACCCCAGAGAUGCUUGGUGGCGCGAUCUGCUCGCCCUCACCUGGGACUUCAGGACCUUCGGAGGAGCCAAGAGGAUCGGCAACUUCCUUGAGGCGUGUCUGCCCAAGGCCGGGAUACACAAUGUCCGCAUGAGGGACGGGUCUGCGAAGUACGAGACUCCCUUCCCCGACGUCGCCUGGAUCAGCGCAUUUUUCGACUUCAAGGUCCGCGAAGGAAAGGAGGAGGGUAUCGGGUUUGGAGUCGUACGCCUUGUUCCGGUUCCAAAGACAGGCAGUCAGCAGGGCGAGGUGGACUGGAAGGCGCAUUGCGUGUUGACGACCCUUGAGGGCCAUGCCUCGUUCCCCGAGAAAAUAGCGCCGAUCCGCGACACCAACCCCAAACACGGGAACUGGGUAGCCAACCGAGAACGCGAGAGUGCCUUCGCUGACGCUGACGCCGAUCCCAAUGCCCCACCGAAACCGUACCCCAAUGGCAGCCCACAAGUCUUGAUCGUUGGUUCGGGGCAAAGUGGGUUGGGGGUAGCGGCGAGGUUGAAGGCUCUAGGCGUCUCAUCCGUCGUUAUUGAGAAGAAUGGCCGUGUUGGAGAUAACUGGAGGGUCAGGUACGAGGCCCUGUGCCUUCAUGCUCCUGUUUGGUUCGAUCACAUGCCGUAUCUUCCAUUCCCCCCGACAUGGCCGAUGUAUACACCAUCUCUGAAGCUCGCGAACUGGCUCGAGUUCUACGCCGAUGCCCUCGAGCUGAACGUCUGGACAUCCUCCAACAUCACGUCCCUUAAGCAGGACCCAGAGACUGCGAAGUGGACCGUGACUAUCGAUAAAAAAGGGAUUCAACGUCGACUCGUAGUCAACCAUAUUGUCUUCGGCGCUGGCGCUGGCAGUGAUAAACCGCAAAUACCCGAGUAUCCUAGGCUGAACGAAUUCAAGGGUGAAAUGUUCCAUUCGACUCACUACAAGCGAGCAAGCGACCACACCGGGAAGAAGAUCGUUGUCGUAGGCUCCUGCACGUCCGCACAUGACAUUUGCGUCGACUAUUACCAGCACGGCAUCGAAGUGACAAUGUUCCAGCGCGGAUCUACGUGCGUUCAAUCCUCUGAAAGAGUAUGGCAUGGUCUUUCGCAGGCAUUUUACCCCGGGGACAACCCUUCUUCCGACAUUGGCGAUCGUGUCGCAGCUUCGUUCCCGCAAUAUAUGGCUACUGGCUUCAACAGGCGUGUUACAUCCCAUAUCGCUGAACUUGAUAAGGAUCUCCUCGAAUCCCUCCAUAAAGUUGGAUUCCGUACGAAUCUCGGUGUUGGUGACACUGGAGUUAGCCUGCUCGCUGCGAACAAACUCGGUGGGUUCUACUUAGACAACGGAGGUAGCAAGCUCGUCGCCGAAGGGAAGAUCAAACUCAAGAGUGGCAGCAAGAUUAAAUCGUAUACUCCUCGCGGAUUACUCUUUGAGGAUGGCACCGAGUUGGAAGCAGACGUCAUCGUCUGGGCCACCGGAAUCGGCAGCGCACUCGAUAACGUGAAACGCCUGUGUGAGCCCUCCGUCGUCACGCAGCUCAAACCGUUCUGGGGAUCGAACAAGGAGGGUGAGCUUAAUGGUGUCUGGAGAGAUAUGGGCCCCAAGGGCAUGUGGUAUAUGACUGGAAGUCUCGCGCUCUGCAGGUUCCACUCGUUGCACGUCGCUUUGCAGAUCAAGGCCAUCGAAGAAGGGUUCUUUGGAGAGAGGUACUCCUCGGAGGAGUGA